AUGUCUCUCAAGACUCUCAUCUCGACAUUUUUCGCGGCAUCUGCCCUCGCGCAGAGCUAUGGCGGCGGUAGUUACGGUGGCGGCAGCUACGGUGGUGGCGGUGAUUCAGGCAGCGGCGGCGGUUGGAGCAGCUGGGGCAGUGGCGGCGACAAGCAAGGACCUCCAGCAUUCGCCGCAGCAUCCUGCCCAUCGGGUUGUCAGCCCAUUCAGACCGGCGCUGCACCACCAAUGGCGACUCAACCAGGCCAAUUGAUCGUCCAGGUUGUCUCUGUCUCAGACGCAAACGGAUCUUUGAAAUAUUUCCCCGACAAGGUCACGGCACCAGUCGGGUCUGUGGUCCAGUUCCAGUUCCACCCAAAGAACCACACAGUGACAGAGUCAUCGUUUGCUGAACCUUGCAAACCGAUCGCCUCCAAUCUCACCUCGGCUACUCGUCCUGGGCUGAAAUCUGGAUUUGUCCCUGUCACCGGUUCGGAGCCAUUCACUCCAGUCUACAACGUCCUGGUCAACGAUACCAAGCCCAUCUGGAUCUACUGCGGCCAGACCAACCACUGCGCGAAGGGUAUGGCCAUGGUCAUCAACCAGAACGACUCCUCGCCCAAUACUAUUGACGCCUACAUUGCCAACGCGGCCAAGCUACCACUCGUUAACGUUACUGCGCCUCCCGCUGGCUCCCCACCACCACCCCCGGCUGUCCCCCUGCUUCUCCCCCUCCGGCUGAAUCGUCCGCAGACCAUUGCGCCGCCACCUUCAUCGAGCGCAGUCGUGGCUCCAGCUGUAUUCACCGGUGCCGCUGUUCCGGGAUUCGUGCCUCAGUCAUCGACAGGUGUGGUCGGUAUCGCUCUCGGCGCCCUGUUGGCGUUGUGGUAA